AUGUUCAUUGGCAAUUAUGUUUGUUUGUUUCUCAUCAGUUCUACAUUGCAGUGUGUACUAGAAUUUGCUUAUCGUCUGAAUAGUGCUCCUCACUCGUCAAUCGUUGUGACUACAGAAUUUCUGAAUCCAAAAGACUACGACUACGAGACCGUGCAUACCAAGAAGUUUCGGGAAGAAAAGGACUAUUAUACUCGAAGACCACAUCUUGCACGGUUUGAGUCCGGACAUUUCUCUCAACCAACUCGGAUACGGGUAGAAUGUCGGUCAGAAGCUCAGGCUUAUCCCCAAACAAGCGACAGUUCAACAAUAACUGAGUGUGAACUGGGCAAAUUUGUUUGGGAUGAAGAGUGUACAGGUGGAAAUAUACUUACUACAUGCGAGUUGGAUUCUAAGCUUUGUGAUGUCAAGGGCCACGUUCGUUGCAUGGAUGAUGUCCUUUGCGACUUGACAAACGAUUGCCCAGAUGGAAGCGAUGAGGAUGAUUGCGGUUGGUUAAGCCGAUAUAGGUGUAGCAGAUAUGAACCGUUUUUUAUCUUGUAAGA